AUGGCAGCAACAGAUCUAGGCGGCGGGCGCGGCAUCCAAUGGACUUCUUCCUUCCUUCUUGCUCCUCGAGUUUGGCUAGCAAAGAUAGGCGGUGUCGUUAGGCAAAGCAGAGCGAAGGCCAGCAGAAGUCGCCUAGCGGCGGAACAUCAAAUGGUUGCAAUGAUGAAUAAUAGCACAAAGGAAGCCAUAGUCAAACAGAGGCGGGAAAUGGAAGAGUACAACAAUUCAUGUGAUGCUGCCGCCGAGACCUCCGCCUAG